CAGGGCAGGUCGCACACCCAAAACACCACGAACCCGUCACGAACCUUCCCUUCCAUUAUCUCCCAUUCUCCUAUACUUUCGUCCCUUAUAAACCGUAAGCUUAUCUUUUCCCUUCGUAUACAAUUCCUUCUCCCACUCUCUUGUAGCAGAGUGGUAGGUAGUCAACACAUAAGCGAAGAAAUUAAAAGCAAGUGAAGAGGAUCCAUUUCCAUGGGUAACGAUUCGAGUCCGGAUACGAUUGUUGCGCCGGAGGAACCUAACGGCAAGGGCUAUGAGUUGAGUGGAAAGAUCAUGCUGAGCGCCAUUGUGAUUUUGUUCUUUGUUGUGAUUUUGAUGGUCUGCUUGCAUCUGUACGCCCGGUGGUACCUAAGCCGCGCUCGCCGUCGUCAACUACGGAGGAACCGCCACCGCCGUACCCAACUUGUCUUUUACGUGGACCCCACAAACGCACAAGCCGGAGCCGGAGCUGUCACGCAGGCCACGCGCGGACUUGAUGCGUCAGUGCUACCGUCACUCCCUGUUUUCGUCUUUUCCUCCAAGACCCACCCGGCCACGCAGGAAUGCGCGGUUUGUUUGUCUGAAUUUGAAGAGAACGAAACGGGUCGGAUCUUGCCCAAAUGUAAUCACAGUUUCCAUAUCGAGUGCAUUGACAUGUGGUUCCACACCCACUCCACUUGCCCUCUUUGUCGAUCUCCGGUCGACACGUGUCCGGUUCCCGAAGUUUCGGUCCCUGUACACGAGGGUGACGCUGCAGCGGCGGCGGCGGAACAGGGUUCUAGCUCCGAAUUGUGUGCCACAUGCCAGCACGAGGGGGAGCAAGCAAAUGGUCCUUCUACGUCGUCGUUUGGAGACCGAAGGAAGCGAAUGGAUGUAAGAAUAGAAGUUCCGACGAGAAAUGCCAGUUUUGGGGGCGAGUCAGGAACCAGUUCACCGGCGAGUCAAUCGUUUAGAUCUCCGAUGAGUCGCAUGUUGUCGUUUACUCGAAUCCUUAGUCGGGAUAGGAGGUCGGGGUUUUCACCGUCGGUGAGUUGUGUCGGUCCUACAAUUAACGAGCCAGAUAUCGAAAGAGGAAGGGAGUAGACUCAACAACGUCAGUCUUAACUCGGCACUGACUCGGUAGCACAAGUCAACAGUCAAUCUUGGCGGUUAUCAGUUCGGUUGCCGAAGCGAAAAGACUAUCGAGGACUUGGAGUGUUUACUAAUUACUAUCAUUGCCACGGUGAUUGGUGGAUAUUUUUUGGGAAUGGACACACGCGGAUUGGGUGAUUUAGCGGUCGGCGGUCGCUGCCUUUUGUGACCGAGAAUGUUUUUUGACUUGCGUCUGUAUAUCUAGUUACUUCUUUCGUGAUUAAUUUUUCUUUUAUUUGUUCAUUUAUAGAUGUAUACAAAUUUCGUAAUUUAUCAUAUGCUUGUGAAGAAUCAAACACAUUCUCUUCUUUCUUUGAA